AUGGCAUACAAGGACCUGUCCGACGAGUGGCAUUGGGAACCCAUGCUGGUUGCCGAGAGAAUAUUGCAUAAAAACAAGAUCCAAUACAUCAUCCUUGGAUCAGCGGCUAUUCAACAACACAGGAUUCGCGAGAAGGACGGUGCGCCGCCGUCAUCCCCCAUCCCCUGGGACUUGGUAAACACGUUCGAAAUCGGUAUUCCUAACGAAAACAUCGGCAAGGCAGUGGAGCUUCUCUGCAAGGAUGACCUUUUCAAAAAACAAGACGACGAAAACUACGACACCAUGUACGAGGGCACGAGACUUCAUACCAAGCUACGAUCCACGUGGAACACAUUCACGGCCGUCAACUUCAUUCUCCUUCCCACGGAGGAGUACUACGUCGCUGGCCAUCCUCUUCUGCCUAGAAAGAAGCCUUGUACCAGCCAGUUCCAACUGCCGUUUGCAGGACUGAGUGGGCUUGUGCUUUCUCUGCUGCAUCGAAAACUCGCCCACAAGGACCACACGGCCGGACUUGCCCUCGACAGAAUGAACCCGGAUCAUCUUUGUCCAUUUGGACUACCAGGGAUUAAGCCGCCCGCCGACUGGGAUGCUGACUUGUGUGCGAAAGCUACGAAGUGGCUUCACGAGCAUAAAAUGCUCCCCGACCAAGUUAAAAACCGGCCAGUACGGGGGAUUUUUGGCGACGCUGUCCGCCAGCCCGAGGAAGAAUCACCCGCCACAAGAGAUUUACUUGGGCCUGGCCCACCAGCCGUGGAUGUUGGUCAAAAGAGAAAAGCCGACGCAGAAGAAGACGGCGAUGGUGGAUUGUUCAGAGAGAAGCGAGCGAAGAAUACCAUUCGUGGGGAGGUAUAG